AGCAACACGUGGCAUGUGAGCGAGGAGCUCGUGGAUGAUGCUGCAACAUCUUCCACGGCGGAAACAUCAACGCGAGAAGUUUGACAAAACUGGGCGGUGUGUGAAUUUGGUCACAUGGACUUUACAGGCUAAAAACGGACGCUCUUAAAGUGUUUCAGACAGGGCUGUUUAGUAAACACGAAAGAUUGUUUCAGGAGAAUUCUUCACGUUCAAACAGAAAGCGUGUGUGAUUUUUCACGUCAUCCUUACAGGUGUCAAUCAGCAGUGUGAUUACCUCUAAGCGCGCUCCAACUCUUGUACUCUGCACUCCUGAGAGCACUGGGUAGCAGCCUGUGGUCACAUGAUGCCGUUUACAGUAAACCUGAUUGGCCCAUCUCCCUGGGGAUUCAGAAUAUAUGGAGGGCGAGACUUCAAGAAGGCCAUAACCGUCUCCAAGGUGAAUGCUGGCAGUAAGGCAGAGAUGGCCUGUCUUCAGCCUGGAGACAUCAUCAUGGAGAUCAAUGGGCAGAAUACCGGUGAUAUGCUGAAUGUAGAGGCACAAAACAAAAUCAAGAGCUGCACGACACAACUGCAACUUCUCGUGGAAAGGCCUGCUCCUCCCACUCCCGGUCAGACCAACGGAAUUACCUCGCCGGAGCAAUUGGUUGGCCGCUUCCAGGAUGCUGUGCAGGUGAGUCGAGAUGAGAACCAGAACUACAGAGAGUACUGCAUCUCCAGCCCAGCUUCUCUGUCCCCUGGGCCAUAUUCACCAGAAUCUCCAUCCAGCCCAGACCGCAAAGGAGGCAGGAUCACUCCCACCAACAAAAGCCUGCAGUUCCAUUCCUGGUCCUCAGAAGACAAAAACAUACAGAGUCAAAGAUUGUCCAGACCCCUCUCUCAGGAGAUUUCUUCCGUGGAUUUCCGCAGUAACUCCGUGUCCAGUCGGACUCCAACUCCUCCUGGACGAUACUCGCCACAAAGUCCCAUCGACCGAGAGCUGUCCAUCUCCCCACGACGAAGCUCGGACUUUGCCAUGCAGAGGUUUGACAGAGACUCUGAAGUGUAUAAGAUGAUUCAGGAGAACAAGGAGUCCCGUACAGCUCCUCGCCAAUCCAACACCUUCAAGAUGCUACAGGAGGUGCUAGAGGCUGAUGAGAAAGAGGCAGCCAUCCAGUUUCCAGGGAAUCUCUCGCCAAGCCCAUCCAAGACCACGUCCACUUCUGGUGGGCAGAAACACCACACCUGUGAAAAAUGUGGCACCAGCAUUGUCACCCAGGCCGUGCGUAUCAUGGACGAUCGCUUCCGUCACCCAGAGUGCUACACCUGCACAGAGUGUGGACUCAACCUAAAGAUGCGUGGCCACUUCUGGGUGGAAGAUGAAAUGUUCUGCGAGAAGCAUGCCCGAGAAAGAUACCAGGGCUCCAACAGUGGCCUUCAACCCGUCGUGUCCUCUCGCAAAUGAGAUGUCCAAUCAGCCACCCUCCUGACAUCGCCUCCAGCUCUUCUGGUUGGCUGGGAUCACAUCGAGAAGGAGAGGACUGUGAUGUCAUGGUUACAUUGUCUAAUGGGAGCCAAAUAAAAUGUUUGCCGUCACAAAGCUUUGGGACCCAGUGCGGUCGUGUCCUCUCCUUCAGUUAUUAUGACACCCCACUGUUAGAGACUUUGAUCUAUAGAAUUGCAAAGGUGAAAAGGAGUUUAUAUAAGUGCCUACAUUAGUAUUUCUGAAACAGUUAGCAAAUUACGGUUUAAUUUUUACAUAGCCUUCCUCUUCCAUAUGUUGUAUUACGCAUUCAAAACAGCUUUUGUUAUACAUAGACAUUUAAAGGAAUAGUUCAACCAAAAAUACAAAUUCGGUCAUCGUUUACUCACUAUAAUGUCUUUGCAAACCUGUAUGACUUACUUUCUUCAGUGGCGCACAUGAGAAGAUGGGACUUACAGCCUUGGCCACUUUCUUAGAAACUAAAAUUCUGACAUCUCCAAUUGUGUUUCAAGGAAGAAGGAAAGUCAUACAGGUUUGGAACAACACAAGAGUGAUUACAAUAACUGAUGACAAUUUUCAUUUUUGAUGAACUAUCCCAUUAUCUUGGGUUUAAAUUAGUUUUUUUUUUUUAAAUGUUAGAGCUUUUCCAUAGACUCAAACAAUGAGCUGUGACAAGUAUGCACAAGCAGUGCUAAUGCACACAGGACUGGUUUCCUUAGUGUGUCAGUGUGCGUGUGUGGAUGCGUGCACAUAUGUAUUGUGACUAUUUGGGUGUAUAUGCACUUGAAGGGUUUGAUGAUUACUUGGAAGUGAUUCUUAGUUUGAUUAAAAUGCCUCCCUUCAUAAAAAAGCAGCUAUUGUCCACAACAAAUUCCCCAUCCACACAAAAGCACACGUAUUUAGAAUUCUACAUAGAAUCUUUUCCAUUUGCUUUGUUUUAAACAAGGGAAAUCUAAAGAGUCAUGAUAUAUAAUUUUUUUUUGUGUAAAUAUGUUUAUUUUUCACCUUAAACUCUAUGUAGACCAAGCAGAGAGUUUUGCUUGCACGUGUUUGUAUUUUCAGGGUUGCAUGGUUGUUUCUUCCAUAUAAAGCAGUUUCCUUCAAAUGCAAGAGAAUAGAGUAUGAUAUUUGAAUCACAGUUCACAGAAACACAUCUCUCUCACCUGUGGAUCAAAUAUGUUGAACAGUGAAUCUUCACGUUUUGUUUGUAGGGUUGGACACAAUCGCUUUACCUUUUCUGUUUCAAAUAAACAACUUUAAAUAUCAA